CGCACCGCGCACACACCACACACAACAGUGUACCGCACGCUAGCCCUUGCACGUCACAGUCGUAUUACGCAGCUAGAAUUCAUUCAAGGAAGAAGUGCGGCUCACUCAACUCCCGUACAAAAUCACCUCCCCGCGCACCCGCUUUCGAACUUCCGCAGCCGAUAAAAAAAGGAAGAGUCUUCAGCAGAUCUACCAUUGUGCAUCUCCACCACGAGCGCAUUACUUGGAAAUCUAUACUAUAUAUCUCCAAGAUCUAUACAUAGACUCUUAUUCUAUGCGCUAACAUUUAGAGAUAUAUAUCCGAAAGACUUGGCACAUUGUACGGCUACCAUUACGUCGGUCAUUUGCUCUAGGCGACUCCUACGAUUCCAUUUGGUUUCGUGGUUUUUAUUUUCGGCAUUUUCCGCGGUUGUUUCCUUACUAGUGCUCUGACCCAAGAUUACACGUCGGCAAAAAAAAGAGUUACGUACUUUGGGUUGUGGCCCGAGCCGUGCUGACAGUUCGUCAGUCCCACGCUCACGAAGAGCGUCUGCAUUGGAUCGCAGGGCAUUGAAUGUCAAUGAAGGUGGCUGGAUGAUCUAAUCACACAGCAACUGCUUCUUCGUUCAUAUACGUCUAGGGUAUCGAGUUCCUAUGCACCUCACGCAAGCUCCUUGGGCAGAAGAUAUUGUUGGACGAAGUAUGGCAACCUUCACGGCUUUAAACGGAGGUGAACCGAAAGGCACUGAGAGACCGAAUAGCAGCAGCCCUACCUCGAUACGUGCACCUUCCGAGGAACAGUCUAGCCACCAAAUCACUACUAAGGAUACUAAGGUUGGGGAAUUCUCAGGCAGCCAAAGGGAACACUGGUCAGGACCCAGUGCUGACCGCUCAUCUUACCAACCGUCUAUUUAUCCCCAUGUCGAAGGGAGUCAUAAGCGGAAACGCUCACUCUCAGAUGAACCCCAUAGGGAUGCAUCAACGACUCGAGAUCGAGAACAACAAUCUCAACCAGAGUCACGUGAUCCUUAUUCCACACCACGAGAGCGGGAACGAGAAUAUCAUGACUCUUGGUACUCACGGCAAAGCCAUCCAGAUGACCGCAAUACUUACGACCGACAGAGCUCUGCAGGCAUAAUACCUUCGCCGACUGAUGAGCAGGUUGGUGAUACGCUUCGGAGGGCGACCACUCAUAUGGAUUCCCAGCACGAUUACCCGGCAACGAGUCCCGAUGGCGACGAUAGUUCUGUACUCUAUGGCAGUACAUCUUAUGGGCAAGAACAGAGAAAGGGAGAUGCUGUGAUCCAGUCGGAUCCCAAGAAAAGGAAACGUAAUUUUAGCAACAGGACUAAGACUGGUUGCCUAACAUGUCGAAAGAGAAAGAAGAAAUGUGACGAAACAAAGCCACACUGUACCAACUGUGUUCGAGGCGGAUUUGUCUGCCAUGGAUAUCCCAAUCAGCGAGGUUACCCGAAAAUGGAGAACAAGCCAGCCGCUGUUCCACUCGAAUCUAAGGAUCCUAGUUAUGUUCCUCCGGGCGCCUAUGGAAUGCCGCAGCAAAGUAAUUACCCAAUUCCGCCCCCGCCACCCCCAAAGCGAGAUCAGCCGACCCAACCAUAUCGCGGUCAACCACUUCGGAUAGAACCAGUACAAGGUCGGCCAAUUCUCGCGGAGGAUAGUCGACAAUCAUCUGCCACUCUUCCUACACCUACCCCAUCCGCCACAAGCCCGGAAAACAACAAAUUAUCUUCGAUUUCGUACGCCACGCCAGUCAACAUGUUCCCUACGCCAAUUAGUGCUACGAGUGCUGCUACACAAUUACCAACGCCGUUAAGCAGCGUCGACCGCCACAAGGACUAUCAGAGAGUGCCACCGCUACACGACUUGACGCGAACUGAACACGAGACUCCACAUUCUGGCUCACUUCCACAGAUUAACAUCCAUCCGCCAACUCGAAGUAGUAGCCCCCCGACUCAGUCCCAACCCGCGCCUCCGCCACCACCUCCACCACCCCAACCAACGACGACAGCUCCUGACCCUCAGGAAGCAGCACGGCUUGCUUUGUCGCAUCCCCAUUUCCCCGCCGACAGGGAAAGGACGCAGAAGGAAGAGAUGUUGGCAGGACAUCAGUACUAUCCUUUUGAUGAGGAAUUGGUGUUGGAAAGGCAAAGAUGCAGCGCCGCAUGUUUCCGGUUCAACAACUCCACAAGCCCCAGCGUUGGAGCCUCUGCGUCCGAGCGUUCGCGCCUCUUCCGGGAGAUCCUAAACCCAACAGAGCGCAUUUCCAUGGAACCCCAAUUGCUGUCAUCCAUUACUCAUGUUGGUAAUGUUGGACAAGAGGUGGUUGUUGAGGCGCCGUUUACGUGCGAUUAUGGUUACAACAUUGCUAUUGGAAACAACGUAUUCAUCGGCCGAAAUUGUACCAUUAUCGAUCCUAUGGAGGUUAUAAUCGGGAAUAAUUGUUACAUCGGACCGAACGUCAGCCUCUUCGGCGGUACCUUGCAUACGGACCCCAAGAGGCGUAAAGGUAGCAAAAGCCCCCAUCUUGGUGCUCCCAUAUUCAUUGAUGAAGAUGUGUGGAUUGGUGGCGGUGCAAUAAUCCUCCUCGGUGUUCGGAUUGGGAAGGGAGCAACAGUGGCCGCCGGCGCUGUGGUUACAAAGGUGAGUUACUUUUAUCUUUUGCCGAAGCAGUCAUAUUUUUAAUUAGACGAACCUGGUGCUAACAAUGACAUCGUAGGACGUGCCACCCUUUACCGUGGUGGCUGGCAACCCCGCCCGAGUCACUCGUGGUGCUAUCAGUUGACAGAACAUGCAUCAGUAGGGUCUAAUUCCAUGAUAUUUGUUCCUCGCGAGUCCGUUUUCUGCGAAUUAGUUAUGAUGAUACCCAAUAUCCGUUGCUGUCGCUGUUUAUUAUAUUAUUAUAUAUAACCAUUUUCUCU